UGCAAGGCAGAGUAGAGGGAGCCACAAAUAAUAUGGAGAGUCAACAUUUAUCAGUGCUGUAUGCAGCAGCAAACAGAGGUUGUACACAAACCUUAAACUCCUUAAUCCAAACUGAUCCGUUGAUUCUUAACAAAAUCUCACUUUCGUCUUUCGUCGAAACUCCGUUGCACAUACCAUCUCUACUCGGCCAUCUUGAUUUCACCGUAGCUAUUCUAAAAAAAUGCCCGGGAAUGGCUGCGAAGCUCGAUUCUCUUCGACGCACUCCACUUCACUUAGCUUCUGCGGAGGGUCAUACUGACAUCGUUAAAGCUUUGUUGUCUGUAAACAGAAGUGUUUGUUUGAGUUGUGAUGAAGAAGGUAGGAUUCCUCUUCACUUGGCUGCCAUGAGAGGCAAUCUUGAGGCUGUACGAGAAUUGGUUAGGUCUUGUCCUGAGUCGAUUUAUCAUGAGUUGCUUGAUGAUGAAGAUACAGUUUUACAGUUGUGUGUGAAAUAUAACCAAUUGGAUGCUUUGAAACUGUUGGUGGAAAUGGUGGAUGAUCAUGAGUUCAUCUUCAAAUCUAAUAGAGAUGGUAAUACCGUCUUGCAUCUAGCUGCCACGCUCAAGCGAUUGAAGAUAAUAAAGUACCUGAUUUUACUACCUCAAGUAAAAGAAAAUGUGAAUUCCAUGAAUAAAAUGGGAUUAACAGCCUUGGAUCUGCUAGAUCAAUAAUCUUCCAGAGACUUCAAGAACCUUGAAAUUCAAGAAACUCUGAGAGAAUUCGGUGCUAAAAGAGCAGUAGAGCUAAAUGACAAUCUUCCGACAGCUACAAUCAAACUACCAACAACUACAAUCCAACUACAAACACUGUCUGUUCCCAGACAAACACCAUCAAGAUUCAAAUUAUGGUUCAAAAGAUGCCUGAAAUACAUUCAAUACAACGUAGAAGAAACACGAGGCGCACUGAUGAUCGUGGCAACUGUAAUAGCAACCGUGACUUUCCAAGCUGGAAUGAACCCGCCGGGUGGUGUUUGGCAACAAACCUUCGCAAAUUCCGUUGGCAGUCCUGUUUGUAACGCAACAAACAUAUGUGAAGCUGGAACUUCUGUGGUAGCCUAUACAUACCCAGACGAUUACACUGAAUUCAUGACAUUGAAUGGUCUUGCGCUUUUUACAUCACUAUGCGUCGUGGCUUUGGUUGUUGGCGGAUUUCCUCUAACGAAUAAAUUGUGCGUGUGGAUUCUAGCACAAGCUAUAUGUAUCACACUCAUUUUUCUUGUUUGGAGCUACGAGUUGGGUAUAAAGUUGCUUGCUCCGGCGAGAUUAAGAUCGCAAGUGGGUACUGAGGCUAUGAUCCUGUCUAAAAUAUUGUUAUCGGUGAUUACUUUAAUUAACUUCAUGGAUUAUCUCCGGUUUUUUAUCUGGAUAGUGAAAAAGGUGUGGCGAGGUUGUCGCAGGGUUAAAAAAUUAUGCGGUUGGUGAAUUAUAGGCAUUACCAUGUUCAAUAUUGCUUAUACCAUUUGAGUUAUAGUUCAUUGGUUGUGUUUAAGCACUUAGUGCUCAAUUAAUUAUGUCGAAAAUUGAUAAACCAUGGAUUUGGGUGUUGAUAGUUUUCUGCUUAUUUUUACAUGUAUGUAUAUUAUAUAGAACUCUUCAAUAAAGGAAUGCUAAAUCUAGAGAUGUUCUUAUAAAGAGAAUAUUUAUUCGAUUUAA